AUGGCAGAAUUUGAAAGGAAGCUACUGAACAAUGAAACAACCUCUGGUGAGAACACAACAGAUUUUAAUUUGUUCCGCACAUUUGUAACUUCAUCUCUCAAGACACUACAUGCACAAGUGGAGUUAUUGCUUAAAAUCUCGGACCAGCAGGAAACUCGCUCUCGUCGCAAGAUGCUUCUUUUUCAUGGUGUUGCUGAAGAGAAGAAGGAGAACACCGCUGAACUUGUGGCUAAAGUGAUCGUUGAGCGCCUUGAACUGCCAGAUGUUAAUGCGGAGUGCUUUAGUCGUUGCCACCGCUUGGGCCGUUACACAGCCGAGAGAAACAGGCCAAUUGUUGUCAAAUUUGACCGUGUGCCAGUUAGAGAUCGAGUCUGGUUCUCCAAAACUUGUCUUAAAAAUUCUGGAAUUACUAUUUCCGAAUUUCUCACCAAAGCGCGGCAUGAUACCUUUAUGUUGGCACGUAAGAAGUUUGGGGUUUCUAACUGUUGGACCCAGGAUGGAAACAUUAUUGUUAGAACCACCGAUGGUGUUAGACACCGGGUCACAAGCGCUGAUGAGCUCGACGUCAUCGUCAGCGAUCCACCAGCGGAGGCUUUAAACGUUGCAUCCAGUGCUGCUCCAGUGGCAAAGGGCUCAGAUCCACUGCAAUCAGGGUUUCGGGCGGGUCAUAGCACGGUUACUGCGCUCGUCAAAGUUACAGAGGAUAUUCGUAUGGCUAUGGACAAUAAGCAGCUAACAAUCCUUGCUCUCCUUGAUUUCUCUAAUGCCUUCAACACCGUUGACUUUGAUAUCCUGUUAGCUCUGCUUAGUUCUCUUAACGUAUCUCCUGCGGUGGUUGUUAGUUCAUACGCGUCCACCAUGUGGUCAAAUACAAUUUGUGUUAUAUUAUUUAUAUUUUGUUGUAUAGUAAAAGUGAAUACAAAUCCAGCAAACACUGAUGAAGAAUCGAGUGACUAUGUUUUCAUAGUGGAUGGAUCCAAAAUAAAUGUUGUUUCUAGUGGUGCAGGAAAAUUAGAUAAAUGUGUACUAAAAGUUUAUAUAAAAUGCCAGGCUGAUUCAAAUUCAUUUGAAACAGAAAAAGUAAAUAACCCGGAAAGAAUUAUGCAAGCAAUUAAGGGAGAUCCAGGAACGAAAGAAGAAAAAGGAGAUGUUGGUCUGAUAGGAAUGCCAGGAUAUCCAGGUACUAAGGGAGAUACGGGGGAAAAAGGAAGUAAGGGUGAUAUGGGCAUUCCAGGAAACGUGACAAUAUUAGAAAUAAAGGGGCAAACUGGUGAAAAAGGAAAUAAGGGUGAUAAAGGAGAAGAAGGUAUAAGGGGAAAAGAUGGAGAGAAGGGGGUACCAGGAGAACAAGGGAUAAAGGGUGAUACAGGAGCUGCUGGGACAAGAGGAGAUGUAGGUAGCAAGGGAGAAAAAGGAGAAAUAGGUGAAGGCCGUCAGGGAUUGGUUGGACAACCAGGACCUAGAGGGGAUACCGGGAUGGCUGGAAAACCAGGAGUAAGGGGCGAGCCGGGUCCUCUGGGGCCAAAGGGUGAUCGAGGGGAAGACGGUAGGAUGGGACCUCUGGUACUUAAAGGUGAAAAAGGAGAACCAGGAGUCUACAAUAGAGAGAGUAAUACAGGGUCAGAGGCAGCAUACAAACUUCCUGGAACUUGGUCGAAUCCAGCUAAAACAUGCAUUGAUAUUGACUCACGAGAUAGUGGUAUUUAUACAAUAAAUCCUGCGAAUCAGUUUGAUAUCAAAUGCGAUUUCAAGAAUAAUCGCGCGUGUCUUAUAAACGAUCCAAAGAGAAAGAGCGAAAAAUUUGAAUUUUUAGAGGAACCCUUUUUACUAAGCGCAGUUGGUUUUGAAGUAAAUACAUUCUAUAGUUUAACACUAUCCCAACUAGCAUACCUAAAUUCUUGGACUGCAGGUGGCUAUGAGAAGAUUAGAAUACACUGUGAGGAUACCAUAGUAUAUUCAGAAGAAAGUCCAGAUAAAUCUAUACAGUUGCUACUAUGGAAUGAUAAUUUGAUAGGUCCAAACCCGUCUCCCCACACUCCAGUAUAUUAUAAAGUUACCAAAGAUUUGUGCAAGAAGGAAGAAAAGUAUACGGAAUUAGAAGUGUCAUCAGUGACGAGUACGCGCUUACCAAUUGUAGAUUUUUACAUCAGAGACAGUAUAAAAUUUGCUAAAAUAUCUGUAGAGCUGUUGGAACUUUGUUUUAACUUUGAACUUCCACCUGAAUAAAGCUAAUUGUUCAUACGUUGUGCGAAAU